AUGCCAGCUUGUGACGUCUUAGUCAUCGUACCGAGUGGAAAGAGUGAGGAUCGCAAGUACACGCUCUAUGUUCGUGUGGGCAGCGAGCACGAGACACCUCUUGCUGUACUGGUCGACAAAGAGGAAUUCUAUAUGGACCUCAUGCGCUCGCAGACGCAGAGGGAGAUCAUCAAGACGGAGAGCGCAGAGUACCAAGAGCUGAAGGUACUCGAGCCUGUUCGUGGUGGUGGUUUUGGUGCAGUGGUUGUCGUGCAAUCCCGACACAAGGUCACGGGACAUUUCAGCGACGCCGAGCUUGCCCUGAAGUUGUUCCGAAACCAGAACAUCAAUACCCAUGACCCGAUGCGGCGUGAAGUUGAACGGGCCAUGAGUUUGGACCACCAGUACAUCAUCAAAACCCUAGGCUCCGUCAACAUGUAUCAUGAGAACGUCCUGGCUGGCUCAUUUCUCUUUGACAAGAUCGACUUUGCAAUGCUCAUGGAGCGUGCUGAUACGGAUCUUGAGCGCUACGUGCUCCCCCAAAGCUCUGCAGACGGGAAAGACUUGACAGAUGAGUGGCUGCGCGAAGCCAAGAGGUACAUGUGGCAGAUGGCACAAGCCGUGAAAUAUUUGCACGGGAAGGACAUGGUGCACAGGGACCUCAAGCCGGCCAACGUACUCUUGAAAAAAGAAGGCGAGGCGUCCGAGGCAUACUGUGUUAAGCUUGCAGAUUUCGGAUUUAUGAAGCCAGUGGGCGAGGUUGAACCAGGCAUUAUGCGAUGUGGGACACCCGAUUUCGCAGCUCCAGAAGCUCUGUACAUCAGAGAUGGCAGCUUCGUGAACUGGGAACAAGCGGACAUGUUCUCCCUGGGCCAAACCUUCAGAGCCCUUCUGGGCCGCAGGUACUCUAUAGACAAGUCGGCGGACCAAUCUAGAGACAAAUCGGAUAGUUCCAAGUGGCAGUGGAAGCUGGAUCCGCAUGGCAAUCCGAAGCAGUGGCCAAAGCUGGAUCUUGUCUUACGGGUUCUCCUUAAUCGAAAUGAGCCGGGCAAAAGGAAGAAUGCGACAUGGCUCUGCGAGCCCACACGCCCAGAGAAGUUUGAUCUGUGGAGCGAGGCACCUAGCAUGUCCUGA